CCCACCAUCAGCGUCCAUUUUGGGCAAAGCAGGAAGUUGACUUAGGGGAAAACCUAACAAACAAACUAAACAACUUCUUAAGCGUCCGACGAUACAUUUAUCGUUUUUUACUACGUGUUUGAAUCGUUGUUUAAUGUAAAUGUUAAAUUAACACCGUCAGGACUGUACCCGGAUUUAAUCGUUUGUUUGACGGUUGUGCUGACAGGCUCACGCGCGUCGCAGAGGUCGCGACAAUAAUCCGGAAUCCUAUAUAAAACAAGUUGGUCAGGAUGGCGGAUGACUUCGAUGUCGAGGCCAUGCUGGAAGCUCCUUUUAAGAAGACUUGCCUAAUGAUAUCUCACCUCUACUCCCCUGAAUACAUCUUUGAUUCCAGUGUGAACUGUGAAAAAAAGUAAGGACGAGCUGUGAGACAAAGAUGACACCGAGCUCUCACAGUCCAACCACGCUUACUGGGGAAGAUCUCACGGACUGACAGCAUCAACACUGGAAUGCCCUUUAGCAGCUCUAUAGCAUGGCUGCAGCAAGAGGAGAAAGCAAGACCUCCAGUGCCAAUGGUCAUGAUGGCGAUCGCAAGAAAAAGAAAAGACACAGCAACAGUCCCAGCCCAGACCGCCGGAGGAGCAAAAGCAAGGAGCGAAAGAAGAGCCGAGAACGCCGCAGGAGUCGCAGCCGUGAGUCCAGACGAUCAAAGAGCAAAGAACGCAGGCGAUCGCCAUUACGCAGCCGGGGGGGCGGACGAUUCCGUGGACGCAGGAGCCCAUUUAUGGGGCAGAAAAUAAACGGUGGUUCCGGAGGCAAGACUGGCCCACAGCAUUUCACCAAGCACAGUCGCAAGCGCUCCCGAAGCAAAAGCCCAUUCAAGAAGGACAAGACCCCAGUCAGGCAACCAAUAGAUAAUCUGAGCCCGGAGGAAAGAGAUGCCCGCACAGUGUUCUGCAUGCAGCUGGCUGCCAGAAUUAGGCCCAGAGAUCUAGAAGACUUCUUCUCAGCAGUAGGAAAAGUUCGUGAUGUGAGGAUGAUCUCGGAUAGAAACUCUCGGAGGUCAAAGGGCAUUGCCUACAUUGAGUUUGUAGAUGCGACCUCAGUACCGCUGGCCAUUGGACUGACAGGUCAACGUGUUCUGGGAGUGCCAAUCAUAGUCCAGGCUUCACAGGCUGAGAAGAACAGAGCAGCAGCCAUGGCCUUAAACCUCCAGAGGGGAGGCAUCGGACCAAUGCGGCUGUAUGUGGGCUCCCUGCACUUCAAUAUCACCGAAGACAUGCUCAGGGGCAUCUUUGAGCCUUUCGGCAAGAUUGAAGGCAUCCAGCUUAUGAUGGACAAUGAGACGGGCAGGUCGAAAGGAUACGGCUUCAUAUCAUUUGCAGAUGCGGAAUGUGCUAAGAAAGCCUUGGAUCAGCUGAAUGGAUUUGAGCUCGCAGGGCGGCCGAUGAAGGUGGGCCACGUUACCGAACGCACCGAUGCCUCCAACGCCAGCUCUUUCCUGGACAAUGAUGAGCUGGAGAGAACUGGCAUUGACCUGGGCACAACAGGGCGUCUUCAGCUGAUGGCUAGACUGGCAGAGGGUACAGGAUUGCAGAUUCCUCAUGCUGCCAAGCAAGCUUUACAGAUGAGUGGCUCUGCAGCUUUUGCAAAUGCCACAGGUACAGUUCAAGCUCCUAUUCUCCCUAAUCCUGGGAUGAAUCAAGCCAUGAACCUUCCGACCCAGCCACUGGCUACACAGUGUUUACAGCUGUCUAACAUGUUCAAUCCACAAUCGGAAGAUGAACCUGGCUGGGACGUCGAGAUUCAGGACGAUGUCAUUGAUGAGUGCAAUAAACAGGGAGGCGUCGUUCACAUAUACGUCGACAAGAACUCUCCUCAAGGAAAUGUUUAUGUUAAAUGUCAGAGCAUCCCCGUUGCAAUGACUGUGGUCAGCGCCCUGCACGGGCGGUGGUUUGCAGGUAAAAUGAUCACAGCUGCCUACGUGCCUCUCCCCACUUACCAUAACCUGUUUCCAGACUCAGUCACAGCCACACAGCUCCUCAGGCCCACACGCCGGUGAUCCAGCCCCCUCUCUCUGUCUGACCCUGCUUAAUCUGAAAACACAAUAUGUACAUGCACCUUUAUACCCCCCACCCCACCCUUCUUGAAAUAACUGCUGUGGGCCUGUGCCAUUAAAGGUCAUGAAGGGCAACAUCAUACGUUGCAUAAUAAGGAUGAAGGUUUCACAGAUAGGCCUGUUUUGUUUUAUUUCGCUUUUUUAGUUGGAUGUUGAUCUGAAGUCAUUUGUUAUCCUAACUAUAGCAAAUUCUAGAUCAACUCUGCUUCACUGUUGGCCUAAGUGGAAACCAAUAUCUCUGUCUGAACAUCAACUGGAUACCUGACAAUGGUUUUGAAGGAGAUUCUAAUGUUUUUAAAGAAAUUUCUUUUGAAGCUGUUUUGUCGUUUUUCUGCAUUGAUUAGUUGCCUAGAAAGGUGGAAUGAUAUGUUAUCUUUUCAGUUUUCAAGUAAAAAAGUUCUUUAUCUU